AACUCUGGGAAAAGUUUCAAGACGCUUGUUUAUUAUAGAAUUGCAAGCAUACGGACGACCAGGACGUGGAAAAUAAUGCCCGAGUACAUGUUGUGCAGAAUCUGCUUGACAGAGGACAUCAACUCGGAGGCGAUGGCGCCCUUGUUCGAUGACAACGACGCCCAGUGCCGGGAGCUGGUGCGCAAGAUCGAAGAAGUGGGCAGCAUAAAGCUGGUGCCGCUGCAGAACAUCCCCAGCAUGUUAUGCUACAACUGCGUGGAGCGGCUAACCAGUGCCCACAAGUUCCGGGAGCUUUGCCAGGAGAGCGAGCGCACAUUUGCCACCAAUGUAGUCAAGGCCGAGAUGAAGUCGGAGCCAACGGACGAGGUGUCGCACGUAGUGGCGGACAACAUCGAGUACAUCUACGAAUCGGCCAACGACUUCAUCGACGGUGUCGAGGAAGACAUCGGAAUGGAGAACAUCAUGGAGGAGCCCCUGGAGGAUGUUGUCGCGGAAACGUCGCAGGCUUACGAGUCUAGCACUGUGGGGGACGACCUGGAUGAGGAUGACCUGCUGGUGCCGAAUAGCACCGAUAGCGACUACCAGCCCAUCGAGCGCUACCGCAAAACAAAGGUUCGGAAAACGCGGAUGGCUAAACGUGGACGUGGCCGACCCCGCGGUGCUAGCUCCGGACACCCACGCAGUUUAAGAGAGGAGCGUCCGCCUGUUCAAGCGAGCUGCAAAUCCUCUCCCGAAGUAUCCUCCACGAACAUUAUGUGCGAAAUCUGCGGAAAUAUCUACUCCAAGCGAGCCGCUCUCAACAUUCAUAUGCGUCGUCAUAUGGCGGAGAAACCAUUUAAAUGCGAAAUAUGCAGCAAAUCUUUCGCGGGUCCAUCCGAGUUGAAUCGCCAUAUCCGCGUGCACACGGGCGAGAAACCAUUCUUGUGUAAAUACUGCAACCGCUCGUUUGCGGAUCGCAGCUCCAAUAUUCGUCAUGAAAGAACCCACACAAACGAGCGACCUUUCACUUGCUCCACAUGCGGCAAGGCAUUCUCCUACUCUAACGUGCUUAAAAACCAUAUGCUCACCCACACGGGAGAGAAGCCUUUUCUCUGUCGAGUGUGCAAUAAGACCUUUUCCCGCAAGCACCAGUUGGAUCAGCAUUUGGGCACCAUGACCCACCAACAGACUGUAAUACACCACAAAAACGAACGGAUGGGGCGCUAUUAGUCUAAAGCGAUGCAAUACAAUCUCUGUUAGAUAAUUCUUUAAUGUACAUUUAAUUAUAAAAACUGUAAAAUAAAAAAGAGUACAAAUGGUCCGACCGGAUGUGUAAAAUAA